ACUGCCCUGCUCUCUGCCCUGUCCGCUGCCCUGCCCACUGCCCUGCCCUCUGCUCUGUCCGCUGCCCUACCCUCUGCUCUGUCCACUGCCCUGCCUGCUGCCCUGCCCUCUGCUCUGUCCACUGUCCUGCCCUCUGCCCUGUCCACUUCCCUGUCCACUGCCCUGCCUGCUGCCCUGCCCACUGCCCUGUCCACUGCCCUGUCCUCUGCCCUGCCCACUGCCCUGCCUGCUGCCCUGUCCACUGCCCUGCUCUCUGCCCUGUCCACUGCCCUGUCCACUGCCCUGCCCUCUACCCUGCUCUCUGUCCUGUCCACUGCCCUACUCUCUGCCCUGUCCACCACCCUGACCACUGCCCUGUCCGCUGCCCUGCCAGCUGGCUUCCAGGCAGUCAAAGCAAGGAGAAAAGCUGGAUGCUGCCAACUCUUGGCAGAAAAGGAAGGGGAAUUGGGAGCAGAGCCCGUGGCCAGCCCUUCAGCAGCCCCCCAGGGUGGGCACGCCCUGUGCGGUGAAGAGGCUUCUUGGCAAAGGGCCGAGAGACUGAGUCCCAGCUGGCACGGCUUUGCCUGCUGCCCUCCCAGCCUGCACAGCUCACAACCAGCCCUUCUGAAGGCAGAACUGGACUCCACAGACCGAGGCCUCUGGGGCCGACUCUGA